AUGCUGCUACGAUCAUCAAUCUAUGCUCUGGCACUGCUGGCAGUGGGAUCUUCGGCCUUCGUGCCGCAAUCCCUUCCCAAGGCAAACUCUGCCCUUCACAUGAGUGUGGAAGGUGAUGACCGUCGGGCGUUUGUCACCAAGGCCGGAUCUGCCGCAGCUGCUGCAUCCAUUGCUACCGUCAGUGGUGGUUUGCCCCAGCCUGCAGAGGCUGCUUCCACUAAAAUGUGGGAACAAGUCCCAAUUCCUUUUGAUGACACUCUGUUUGACAUUGAUUUUGACAGUCCUACACAUGGAUAUUUGGUCGGUGCUCGUGGAGCCUUUGCAGAAACCAGUGACGGUGGAAAAACAUGGGAAGCCAGGUCAUUCUCCAACCUUGAUGCCGAGGAAGAAAUCAACUACAGAUUCCAAGUAGUUUCGUUCAAGAAUGGAGAGGGUUGGGUUUUGGGAAAGCCCACCUUGCUUUUGCACACCACGGAUGAUGGAAAAACAUGGGAACGUAUCCCACUUUCUCCCAAGCUCCCAGGUGAGCCAACACAAAUUGUUGCCUUUGGCAACAGCAAGGCGGAAAUGACCACAUCCACGGGAGCCGUCUACACCACUGAAAAUGCUGGCCGAAACUGGAAGGCACAAGUCAAGGAAACCAUUGAUGCUACUCUGAAUCGUAUCAGUAGUAGUGGAGUCAGUGGAGCAUCCUACUUUAGUGGUUCCAUCAUCAACCAAAUCCGCGAUGCUAGUGGUGCCUACUUGGCCGUUGCCAGCCGUGGUAACUUUUUCUUGACAUGGGAACCGGGCCAGGACUUUUGGAUCCCACACAACCGUGGAACACCCCGCCGUAUCCAAAGUAUGGGUUUUGUAGAAGAUGACAUCAAGAAGGGUCUUUGGAUGACUUUGAACGGUGGUAAAUUGUUGAUUCUCAAGAAUGAGCCAGAUCUAACAAAGGACAUGUUUGACUUUGAUGAAGCCGAUAUCAAGACAGGAGGAUACGGACUCACGGACGUCGCUUGGAGAAACAAGAACGAGGUAUGGGCAGUGGGAGGAUCCAACACAAUGUAUGUGAGUCAAGAUGGUGGCAAGAAAUUCAGUUUCGAUAGCAGUGCCAACAACAUUCCCGGAAACCUUUACAACGUCAAGUUCUUCCCCGAGUACAACAAUGAAGGAUGGGCCCUUGGAAGCAACGGUCUCUUGCUUCGCUACAGGGGUUAA